GGCCGUGGGCGCGGCUAAGGUGAUGGCUUUCCCCCCAGCUCCUUCCCAGUUUGAUUUUGCUCAACCCGAAUCGGAUGAGUUGGGGCAAGGCUCGCCGCAGCCAACCCAACCUCAAUUUGGGUCUGGUCGUGGCCGGGUCGCCAGCGAAUCAUCUGCUGCUAAUGAGUCAUCACUAACUGGGCAAUCCAAGCAACUUACUUUCAUCUCGAAAAAGGAUGUCGAUGGUUUUGAUUCCGCCAUUGAAGCAGCGGUGAAGCCGAAACCCACUCAGUCGAGUGAAACUAAUCUCCCAUCUAGCAUACUCUCAGUUUUACCCGGCGCUGGAGGAGGGAAACCUUUGAAGCAAUCUGAUCCUGCAGCGCAAGUCAAGGAAGAAAACCAUCAUCUUCGGGUCCGGCAGCAGCCUUCCAGGUCUGCGUCUGCCGCAGACCCACACCCAGCUCAGCCUAAGUUGAGCCAGGAAGAGGCUGUGAAGAAGGCAAUGGGAAUCCUUUCGCGUGAAGGUGAUGGUGAGGAUGCUGGUGGGAUGGUGAGAGCAAGAGCGGAAGGUGGUAGAGGAAGGGGAAGGGGAAGGAGAAGGAGAAGAGGGAGGGGACGGGGGAGAGGAGAGAGACGGAUGGUAGUGGACAGAAGCAAUGCUAAGUACUCUGAGGAAGCUGACGAUCCAUAUGCCGGUGACGAAGCAGAUGAAGAAAAGUUGAUACAAGAGAUUGGACGUGAGAACGUGAACAGCAUUGUUGAUGGGUUUUUGGAUGCAAGCAGUAGGGUUGUGCAUUCGCCUUUGGACGAUGCUUAUUUGGAUGCCUUCCACACUAAUUGCCUGAUUGAGUGUGAGCCAGAGUAUUUGAUGGGAGAUUUUGGCACAAACCCAGAUAUUGAUGAUAAAUCGCCAAUUCCUCUUUGUGAUGCACUUAGGAAGGCAAAGCGCUUCCUGAUGGCUUAUGAAGGAAUUCAAAGUCAAGAAGAAUGGGAGAGCAACCCUGGUUGGGGAUUUGACAAGAAAUUCCAAUUCAUGGAUAAGCUUGCACGGGAGAAAACAAUCAUAUGUGUGGUAUAUUGUAUGGGGAUCAGCGAAGAGCAAUCGUUAGAAAACAAGCAAGAUGUUAAGCAUAACUACAACAUGAGAUGGGAGACUUUCUAUGGAAUGAAGUUUCUUUUUAUCCUUGGUGGCAAACUCUGGUUAUGGACAUAUCACUGAAGGUUCUUUUGAGCAAAUCUUAGGACAUAAAGGAGCAUAGAAGUAGCUUCAAUGUUGUUUACAACAAAAUCUAUCUGAGUUUGACUAUGGACCAGAGUAUCAUUUGUCUCGUGUUGUCAGAGGUGAAUUAUAAUAUAAGUGUUGCAACAAAAAUUUAUUGGAUUUGUCUACUAGAAAGCAUGAAAAUUAACACCUUAAUUUCAUGCUAUCUAUGAAUCAAUAUCCAAAACACAAGUAUUUCUAUCUGUUCUGGACAAGACAAUAGGAGACAGGUGUUCAUGACUACGACUGAAAAAGGACAUGACAAGAAGUGAUUUGCGACCUUGUAAUCCUUUCUACUUAUGGCUUGUGUGAGUCGGUAGCAUUACAUCGAACAAAGAUGCCACUGUUUGCAAUUUUAGCAGCACCCUAAUUGUUGCCAUCCACCAGUUUAUCUGUAAAACAAGUUAAAAAGAUUCGUGCAUAACCGAGGGGAAAUCAUUAGUCACCUCAUUCUCCUGAGCAGAUUUGAGUUUUCUUAGAAGAAAAACCACAAAUCCAAAAUCAAACAUGUAAUUUCUU